AUGUCCGGCCGGAGCCUCCCGCGCGCCGCGCUGCUCCUCCUGGGCUUGCAGCUCACAGCCCUGGGGCCUGCGGCCGCCGUGGAGAUCUACACGUCCCGGGUGCUGGAGGCGGUGAACGGCACGGACGUGCGGCUCAAGUGCAAGUUCUCCAGCUUCGCCCCCGUGGGCGACGCUCUGACCGUGACCUGGAACUUCCGCCCGCAGGAUGGGGGCUCCGAGCAGUUCGUCUUCUACUACCACAUGGACCCCUUCCAGCCCAUGAGCGGGCGGUUCAAGGACCGGGUGGUCUGGGACGGGAACACGGAUCGGUACGACGCCUCCAUCCAGCUCCAGCGGCUGCGGUUCGACGACAACGGCACGUACACCUGCCAGGUGAAGAACCCGCCGGACGUGGACGGGCUGGUCGGGGAGAUCCGGCUCAGCGUGGUGCACACCGUGCGCUUCUCCGAGAUCUACUUCCUGGCGCUGGCCAUCGGCUCCGCCUGCGCCCUCAUGAUCAUCAUAGUGAUCGGCGUGGUCCUGUUCCAGCACUUCCGGAAGCGGCGGUGGGCCGAGAGGGCGCACAAAGUGGUGGAGAUCACACCAAAAGAAGAAGAAAGACUCAACCAAGAGAAGAAGGUGGCCGUUUACCUGGAAGACACAGACUAG